AUGAAAUUUAUUGAUAAGCUUUUGGUUUUUUUUGGUAUCAUGGAAGCUAUUGAUAUUCCGAACAAUUCUGCUAUCGAAAGCAAUUUCAUAGUUCGCUACGACAAGCCGUAUGAUUUUACGUACAACGCGCAAAAUGAGCUAAAUAUGACAAUUAACUUUAUUAAUUGUCCACCAAACGUCACUGAGCUGAGUUAUGUAUUUCGAUCAGGUGUAGUAUUGGACACGAAGAAAACAAUUGAUUUAAAAAAACCGUCAAUACAUAUCCAAAGCCGUUUGAUGCACCUCACAGCGACAGUGUCCGUCGACUUGAAGACUCUAAGCGGAAUAUACAGUUUUAAGGUUGCAAAUGGAAGGGAUAUUUCUACCACAAGAAGUCGACCAUGGACCAGGUCGUCAUCGAAAGGCUGUAUUUGCUGCAGUCCGAAUUGGUGUAUACUUACGGUGGAUUUGUCCAAAGGAUUUACAAAUCUAAUUAAAAAGACGUACGCUUCAGUAACUAAGCAGAAAGCAAAGCAUCGAGUACAAUUAUUGUCAACAAAAGCUAACAAUACUCGGCGCAAAACAUAUGCCUCAACGACAACACGUACUGUCAUUAAUUUUACAAAAUAUACUCCAGUUACCACUCCAGCACCGAUUACUGAAGAUCCAAGUAAGAAUUUUUAUGAGUCUCCUGAAGCGGUGCUUUCCUUAGAACACAUUUUGCUGUACUAUGUUCUGCCGGCCUCCAUAUGUCUAGUGUUGGUCAGCGUGGUUAUAUGUCUGUGGUUGCGUAUAAAGAAACACAGGCGAUGGUGCUCUGAAGCUCUGAUUAACACUAAUAAUACAGGAAACGAAGUAUUGUAUGCUGACCUAGAAUUAAAAGGAAUGAAUAAUAUCCAGCGAAGAUGUAACGAGGAAUCUCCAUACGCUCAAAUACAAAUAUCACAAUAA